ACAAGUGUCACUCAAACAACAAGCACAGAGCGGUGCCUGUGGGUAUAUAAUGGCACACUGCGCCAACGAAUUUAAUCCAUUUGUGACCAGCAGGUAGUCAUGGGCGGCGAAGGUGUCCUCAAGCCACUCCUGGGACUGCUGCUCCUCCUUACAGGAGUGAGCGGCCAGGAAUGGUGUGCCACCAUCACCAUCGAUAUGGAGUGGGAAGGAGGCUACAUUGCAAACUUCUCGUCACAGACCUUGAUUCCCUUCGAAGGUCUGGACGCCAUAUUUACCUUCGACCUCCCUGUAGACUCCGUGGAGUACGGGCAGAACGGCGUCGAAAUGAUCGACGACACUCACGUCAGGCUGACAGACAUUUUCUUCACGGAGACAGGCGAGUGGAAGUUAGCCAGGUUCCAGGUGGACUACUCCGGCGACACGCAGCCCGCGAUAAUCGACGUCGACAUGAACAGCCAGGAAGCCUGUGACGGCCUGUCCUGGACCACCGCUACACCCUACACCAACCCCUGCGAGCCCACCGGCAUGGCGCCCUACGAUUACUCCCAGGCGCUGUGCAUGUCGUUCCUGUUCUACGAGGCGGAGCGGUCAGGCGCUCUGCCCGCCGACCAGCGCGUCACGCCCUGGAGGUGGGACUCGGCCCUCGGCGACGGGGCAGACGUAGGGCACGACCUGACUGGCGGCUACUACGACGCUGGUGACCACGUCAAGUUUGGCUUCCCGAUGGCUGUGACCACCACCGUCUUGUCCUGGGGACUCAUCGAUUUCUCUCAAGGAUAUGAACAAGCAGGCCAGACGGAGUACGGGCGCGCGGCGGUCAAGUGGGCCACUGACUACUUCCUGAAGGCACACACGGCCGAGUACGAGCUGUACGGACAGGUAGGGAAUGGCUCGCUCGACCAUGAAUUCUGGGGCCGCCCCGAGGACAUGCUGAUGGAGAGGCCAGCUUUCAAGAUCGACCGAGAAAACCCAGGGUCGGAGCUGGCUUGUGAGACUGCCGCCGCACUUGCUGCAGCCUCCAUCGUGUUCCAGGGAGUGGAUAACACAUACUCUGCGGAGCUGCUCGAUGUGGCCAGGGAACUCUACGCCUUCGGGGACGAGUACCGCCUCGAGUAUCAGGAGUCAAUCUCUGAUGCUAUGGACUUCUACACGUCCAGCGGGUACGGGGACGAGCUGCUGUGGGGUGCCUUGUGGCUGUACCGGGCCACGGGUGAGGCGUCCUACCUAACCAAGGCCCAGGAGGCGUGGGGCGAGUUCGAUCUGGGCCAUUAUGCAUACUCGUUCGAUUGGGACAAGAAGAAGGCCGGGGCCUACGCUCUCGGCUCGAUGCUGGACCCCAACAACACGCAGUACGAAGACGCCUUGAAGGAGUUUCUACGCUUCGUGCAGGAGGACGCGCCCUAUACCCCCGAAGGCCUUGUCUUCCUCGACAUAUGGGGCUCGAACAGGCAUUCCGCCAACGUUGCAUUCCUCGCCCUUUGGGCUGCUAAAUACGGAGAUCAAGCCGACGCCGCCACCAACACCGCGUGGGCGACCAAGCAACUGAACCUCCUCCUCGGGGACACCGGACACUCCUUCGUGGUGGGCUUCGGCGUCGACCCCCCCCAGCGCCCACACCACCGCUCCAGUUCGUGCCCCAUUCCCCCCGACACGUGCAACGAUUGGGGCUUCGAUCAGGAAGGACCGAACCCUCACGUGCUGUACGGCGCCCUGGUGGGGGGCCCCGAUGAGAACGGAGUAUGGGAGGACGACCGCGGGGACUACGUGCACAACGAGGUGGCGUGCGACUACAACGCGGCCUACACGGGUGUUCUGGCGGCCGUCAUUGAGAUUAACAACUAGGACGACGGGGCGAUGGCGAGGACGGUGACGACGACGAUGCUCUCUCUCUCUCUCUCUCUCUCUCUCUCUCUCUCUCUCUCUCUCUCUCUCUCUCUCUCUCUCUCUCUCUCUAUAUAUAUAUAUAUAUAUAUAUAUAUAUUAUUCAUGAGACAAGAGGGACGUUAAAAAAAAAAAAAAAAAAAAAAAGACGUUGAGUUAGAGGAAUGAAGCGAGGGAGAAGGUGAGAACGAUAAUACAAGGAGGAUACACAUAAGAAGAGGGAGAAGAGGAGAGGAGAAAAAGGGACGGAAGGAAGGGAGAGAAGGGAGUUUAUUUUUCAGGUGACACACUUACAAGUACGAGAGUUCGUCCUCAUGAGCGACGAGCGUCAAAACUUAACGAAGCCAAUCAGUUUCGCAAUUUCAGAAGUCAACACAAUUACGAUUCAUUCACGUGACUCCCUCGUCGUCACUCUUACUCUGACCUACAUGAAAAAACGAUGGUGAAAAUAAAUAAGUGUAAUA